CUCAAACAUGGCGGCGGUUGGCACCGGGCGGUGAGGCGGUACCAGGUGGGGGCUGUCGGGUGUCAUGGGCGGUGGCGGCGGUACCGCCUCCGCGUCUCCCUGAGCUGGACCUCACGGGGGACUCUGCGCCGAACUGGGCGAUGGAUGAGAACAGCGAGCUGGGCGGUCUGGAGACCAUGGAGACCCUCACGGAGCUGGGCGAUGAGCUGACUCUCGGGGACAUCGACGAGAUGCUACAGUUUGUCAGCAAUCAAGUGGGAGAGUUCUCUGACUUGUUUUCAGAGCAACUAUGUAGCUCCUUCCCUGGAGGUGGUGGCGGCAGUGGCAGUGGUGGCACCAGCAACAACAGCAGUGGCAGAGGCACCAGUGGUGGAGCUGCAGAUCCCGCAGUACAGCGGUCAUUCAGCCAGGUCCCAUUGUCUACCUUCUCUCCCUCAUCCACCUCCCCUCAGGCUCCAGCCCUGCAGGUCAAAGUCUCUCCUACCCCACCAAGGGCAACCCCUGUUCUCCAGCCCCGACCCCAGCCCCAGCCUCAACCUCCAGCUCAGCUGCAGCAGCAGACGGUGAUGAUCACCCCGACCUUCAGCACCGCUCCACAGACCAGGAUCAUCCAGCAGCCUUUGAUAUACCAGAAUGCCGCAACCAGCUUUCAAGUCCUGCAGCCUCAAGUGCAAAGCCUCGUGACAUCCUCGCAGGUACAGCCAGUUACCAUCCAGCAGCAGGUGCAGACGGUACAGGCCCAGCGGGUGUUGACUCAGACAGCCAAUGGCACACUGCAGACCCUUGCCCCAGCCACAGUGCAGACAGUCGCUACACCACAGGUGCAGCAGGUCCCGGUCCUGGUUCAGCCUCAGAUUAUUAAGACAGAUUCCCUUGUUUUGACCACGCUGAAAACAGAUGGCAGCCCUGUCAUGGCCGCCGUCCAGAACCCGGCCCUCACUGCCCUCACCGCCCCCAUCCAGACGGCCGCCCUUCAAGUACCAACCCUGGUGGGCAGCAACGGGGCCAUUCUGACCACAAUGCCGGUAAUGAUGGGCCAAGAGAAAGUCCCCAUUAAGCAAGUGCCUGGGGGUGUAAAGCAGCUCGAGCCUCCCAAAGAAGGAGAGAGGCGGACAACACACAAUAUCAUUGAGAAGCGGUACCGGUCCUCCAUCAACGACAAAAUCAUAGAGUUGAAAGACUUGGUCAUGGGGACAGAUGCCAAGAUGCACAAGUCUGGCGUUCUGAGGAAGGCCAUUGAUUACAUCAAGUACCUGCAGCAGGUCAACCACAAGCUGCGCCAGGAGAACAUGGUGCUGAAGCUGGCAAAUCAGAAAAACAAGCUCCUGAAGGGCAUCGACUUGGGCAGUCUGGUGGACAGUGAUGUGGACUUGAAGAUCGAUGACUUCAAUCAGAAUGUCCUUCUGAUGUCUCCCCCGGCCUCGGACUCUGGGUCCCAGGCUGGCUUCUCCCCCUAUUCCAUUGACUCUGAGCCGGGCAGCCCUCUGCUGGAUGAUGCAAAGGUCAAGGAUGAACCGGACUCUCCCCCUGUGGCACUGGGCAUGGUGGACCGAUCUCGAAUUCUCUUAUGUGUCCUCACCUUCCUGGGUCUCUCCUUUAACCCCUUGACUUCAUUGCUGCAGUGGGGAGGGGCCCACAACCCUGACCAACACCCGUACUCAGGCUCUGGCCGCAAUGUACUGUCACUGGAGUCAGGUUCUGGAGGCUGGUUUGACUGGAUGAUGCCGACUCUACUGCUGUGGCUGCUAAACGGUGUGAUUGUCUUGAGCGUCUUCGUGAAGCUGUUGGUCCAUGGGGAGCCAGUGAUCCGCCCACACUCACGCUCCUCGGUCACCUUCUGGAGACACCGGAAGCAGGCAGACCUAGACCUCGCCAAAGGUGACUUUGCAGCUGCUGCUGCCAACCUACAGACCUGCUUAUCCGUUUUGGGCCGGGCGCUGCCCACCUCCCGCCUGGACUUGGCCUGCAGCCUCUCCUGGAACGUGAUCCGCUACAGCCUGCAGAAGCUGCGCCUGGUACGCUGGUUACUCAAAAAGGUCUUCCAGCGCUGGCGGGCUACCCCCGCCACUGCAGCCGGCUUUGAGGAUGAAGCUAAGAGCAGUGCGAGGGAUGCGGCCCUGGCCUACCACAGGCUGCACCAGCUGCACAUCACAGGGAAGCUUCCAGCAGGAUCUGCCUGUUCCGAUGUGCACAUGGCUCUGUGUGCUGUGAACCUCGCCGAGUGUGCAGAGGAGAAAAUCCCACCAAGCACACUUGUCGAGAUCCACCUGACCGCUGCCAUGGGGCUCAAGACCCGAUGCGGGGGCAAGCUGGGCUUCUUGGCUAGCUACUUCUUAAAUCGUGCCCAGAGUCUGUGUGGCCCAGAGCAUAGCGCUGUCCCCGACUCCCUGCGCUGGCUGUGCCAUCCCCUGGGCCAGAAGUUUUUCAUGGAGCGAAGCUGGUCGAUCAAGUCAGCAGCCAAGGACAGCCUGUACUGCGCCCAGAGGAACCCAGCUGACCCCAUUGCCCAGGUACACCAGGCUUUCUGCAAACACCUGCUGGAAAGAGCUGUGGAGGCCUUGGUGAAGCCUCAGGCCAAGAAGAAGGCAGGUGACCGGGAAGAAGAGAGCUGUGAAUUUUCCAGUGCUCUAGAGUUUUUGAAAUUACUUCACUCUUUUGUGGACUCUGUGGGAUUUGUGGCCUCACCAUUCUCCAGCAGUUCUGUGCUCAGGUCAGCCCUUGGUCCCGAUGUCGUCUGUCGGUGGUGGACGUCCGCGAUCACCGUGGCCAUCAGCUGGCUCCAGGGCGAUGAUGCAGCUGUGCGCUCGCAUUUCACUGAAGUAGAGCGGGUCCCCAAGGCCCUGGAAGUGACUGAGAGUCCCUUGGUGAAGGCCGUCUUCUAUGCCUGUAGAGCCAUGCAUGCCUCACUCUCUGGAAAGGCCGAUGGGCAACAGAACUCCUUCUGUCAUUGUGAGAGGGCCAGUGGUCACCUGUGGAGCAGUCUCAAUGUCAGCGGCACUACUUCUGACCCUUCACUUAACCAUGUGGUCCAGCUGUUCACCUGUGAUCUGCUACUGUCACUGAGGACAACACUCUGGCAAAAGCAGGCCAGCGCCAGCCAGCUCCUGGGCGAGACCUACCACGCGUCAGGCACUGAGCUGGCCGGCUUCCAGCGGGACCUGGGCAGCCUUCGAAGGCUGGCCCACAGUUUCCGCCCAGCAUACCGCAAGGUGUUCCUGCAUGAAGCAACUGUUCGACUAAUGGCGGGAGCCAGCCCCACCCGUACACACCAGCUGCUGGAGCACAGCCUACGGCGCCGCACCACUCAGAACACCAAACACGGAGAAGUAGACACCUGGCCUGGCCAGCGAGAACGAGCCACUGCCAUCCUGCUGGCCUGCCGCCAUCUUCCCCUCUCCUUCCUAUCUUCCCCGGGCCAGCGGGCAGUGCUGCUGGCUGAAGCUGCCCGCACCCUGGAGAAGGUGGGUGACCGCCGUUCCUGCAGUGACUGCCAGCAGAUGAUUGUCAAGCUGGGCGGUGGCACUGCCAUCGCUGCUUCCUGACCCCCGUCGGGGCUUGGUCUGCUGCUUCUUCCCGCCUUUGUCUCUGUCUCCCCAUCUGUUUUUCUCCCUCCUCCAAGAGCUGUGGGGACAAAGGCAAGACUGGUUUUCUGAGCUGUUACCUGCCAAGGCUUUUGGAUCAUUUCGGGCCAGUAGGACCAUGAGCCAGGCUCCUUAAAACUGCUGUGGUAAAUCCAUGGUCUAAGCCCAGGUGGGCUGAGAAGAAAGAUGGCCUGAGCAGGAUUGGGGUGAUCUCCUUACUGGAAAGCAGCGUAGGAUGCUGCCAAGUCCCCCUCCCAGCCCUCUGGAGACUGUCUCCUUUCUGCCUCUGGGUUUUUUGUUUUUGUUUUUUUUUGUUUUUUUUUUUUUGUUGUUGUUGUUGUUGUUGUUGUUAUGUUUUGUUUCUGUUUGUUUUUUUGUUUUUUUAAUCAGGCUUUCUCUGGGAACUAGGUCUCUGCACCAGAGAGCAUUUUGCAUUCUGGACUUACCUGACGCGCCCCUUUUUAUACAGAUGUUUUUAUAUGUGUGUGCUUGGGCCUGCCAUGAUACAGGGCAAAGUUGCUGUGGCAUCUCCGUUCCUCUCCCUGGGUCUGCACUCCCUCCCCUGUGCCUGACUAAGCCUUUCAUUGUUUUUUUUUUUUUUUUCAUCAUUAUAAGGUUCAGCCAGGGAAGGGAGGGAGCCCAGUCCUGGGGAGGUGGGUGGGAGGCAGGGGCAGGUCUAGGGAUGGGUGAAAAAUAAUGUCGGCAUUGUUUUUUAAUUUUUUAAAAAAUAAAUGGUAUCUUAUUUAAUUGUCCUGUUCCUUCCCACUCCUCUACCCCCUGAGAUGGCCGCCUGAGCUCAGGGUAGGCCCACGGGGCUGGACAGGAUGAAGCCACCAUUGGGCCUGAGGUCCAGGGGUCUUCAGCAUGAUUAUUUGUUCUUCCUCCCCCACCCUAACUCCUACCUCCCAUAGAGUGUAUUUUUACCCCUAAUUCCUGUCUGAAUAAGCCAGGGCGGCAGACACUGGUCCCACACCUUUCCCAGCCACAAGCCUCUCAUUUUCAGGGUAGGCAGCAGGACUCAGGUCUCUUGCCUUGAGAUCGGGGGAGUCCUAGAAAGAAGAGUGGUCCUGCUUUUGUGGACUGCUUGGCUCAGGGCUUCCUGAGAGACUUGAAAGGAAUUGUCCCUCCUUGUGCUUCUCAUCCCUUCAAGCUGGUUGAAGCAGAGAGUAGGUAGGGGCAGGCCCUUCCUGUGCUUGGACCCCACCUACUCUACCUUCCUUCCACCUGUCCCCAGCCGGCACUAUAAUUUAUGGCCCCUGCCGUGGGGCAGCCUAGCCCUCGUGUCUUGUGUAUAUACUGUGCCUUUUCUCCUUGUGGGGGGGUGGUGUUGUUUUUCACUGAACAGGGGAUACACCUAUGUCUUGUCGAUGUUGAAACAUGCACCAUGUGCUGGACAUAGGUUUUCAAUAAACACAGAUUGGUACCACCUAA